AUGUCAAACGAGAUUGUAGCGCCCGAACUCGAGGUGCCUGAUGAGGAUCAAGAGGCGCUUCAAAGGUUCCUCGGGACGACAUCGUUUGGCAAACAGACCAAAGGCGCCGAAGCCGACGACAGAUUCGAGCAGAGCAAGAGACAAAUAGUUGUUAACAAAAAGGCCGACUCGAAUUCCGACUCGGACGAUGACGACUCGGACUAUGACGACUCAGACGAUGAAGAUGACGAAGAUGAAUACCCCGUUUCGCACGAGAUGGUCUUCAAGACACACGACCGCGCCGUCACAUCCAUCACACUGGACGCGUCUGGAGGACGAUUGGUGACUGGCUCCAACGACUGCACUCUCAAGUUCCACGACUUUGCUUCUCUCACACCCUCGACCAUCCGCGCCUUCAGAUCCGUCGAUCCCUCGUCCGUCAAAGGCUCAGCCUCGACCGAAACCCACCCCGUCAACCACGUCUCGUUCAAUCCCAUCUCGCCCAGCACCAUCCUCGCUAUUACCGCUCAUCCUCAACCUCGCAUACUAGACCGCAAUGGAGAGAUUCUCGCCGAGUUCGUCAAGGGCGACAUGUAUCUGCGCGACAUGCAUCACACAAAGGGUCACAUCUCUGAGGUCACUUGCGGCGUCUGGCACCCACAAGAUCGCAACAUUUGCGCGACUGGAGGAACAGACUCUACCGUCCGUAUCUGGGAUGUGAACAACCCUAGGCAACAGAAAAACGUCAUUGUCCACAAAUCAAGAGCUGCUGGUUCCGCCGGAAGGACGAGAAUCACUGCUCUCGCUUGGGCUGCCAACCCUCAGCACAAUCUUCUGGUUGCUGCUGCUCUCGAUGGCAGUCUGGUCAUGUGGGAUGGCAACGGCCCCUAUACCAGACCUGCUGCCGAGAUCCGCGAUGCUCACACCAAGGACACUUGGACCAGUGGUCUGCAGGUCAGCUCUACUGGUCAGCUUGUCAUGACGCGCGGAGGUGAUGACACCAUCAAGCUAUGGGACACCAGGAAAUUCAAGCAACCUCUAAGGACUGUCGAGUUCCCUUCAAUGUCAAGCCAAUACCCCACGUCGAAUAUCUGCUGGUCGCCAUCGGGUACCGAAGUCCUCACUGGCUCUGCCAACGGCGACCUUCACAUUCUAAACCCUGCUACCCUGAGAUCUGAGUUGGUAACUCCAGUGACACCAGGCUCUGCUCUGAUUAGUGUCUUCUGGCACAAGGAGCUGAACCAAAUUAUAACAGGUUCGGCUAAUGGAGAGACACAUGUUCUCUACAAUCCAAACUCAUCGGAAGGCGGUGCAAAGACUGUCAUGCUCAAGGCUCCUAAGCGUCGUCACAUCGAUGAUGACCCUAAUCUGACUAUGGACCUGUCUCACGGCAUUGGCGCUCCUUCCGCUGCCUCCUUCGCCUCAAGGCACCCUACAAUCGGCCUUACCGCCUCUGGUAAAUCAAGAGAUCCCAGACGGCCACACAUCCCAAACACAACGCCCUUUGCAAAGGGCAAUGCAGAUGCAGCUUACAUCAAGGAACAUAUUCCUCUUAGUGGCAUGCGCGAAGAAGAUCCAAGAGAGGCUCUUCUCAAGUAUGCCGACAAGGCCAAGAACGAUCCAUUGUUCACGAAUGCCUGGGCCACGACACAACCAAAAACGAUAUAUGCUGAGCUCAGUGACGAAGAAGAGGAUGGCCCAGACAAGAAGAAAGCCAGACGAUGA